UUCUCAUGAUCGUUCUUAUUUCGGUGUGUGAUCGGAUAAAAUAAUAUGUUUUAAAUAAGUGAAGUGACACUUUGCAAGCAGACGAUGAAUAGGUUAUUUAUUGCUACAUGUUUAGUGUGUAUAACAGGGAUUUACGCAAGGAUGUCCCCACCAAGCAUUUCAGAACCGCAGGGCAACAAGUGGAAUCCAGACGUUGAAUAUAUCAGAAUUCCAGAUUCGAAAUCUAAGAAAUGCAAUGCAACAGCUAAUCCAAAGGCAAAAUAUUACUGGACAUUCAAUGGUGAACGUAUUUCAUCGGAUGAAUCCACGGUAGCUGUUGAUGAGACUACAGGAUUGCUAACAACCGGAAGUAGUUUUAGUGAAUCAAAUUCAGGCGAUUAUCAGUGCUUCGCUUACAAUGACGUUGGUACAACUAUGACACCAAUCCUGAAACUGGUUACAGCAAAAGCUGGUCCCUUCGCCGGCAGCAGUGCACCGGAACCUGCUAAAAUUGUAACCGCGUCUCAGUACGUUAAACUUGAGUGUAAAGACAUGCCUGAAAGUGUUCCGCGUGGGCUGGUUGGCUGGAAACGUGGAAUUACGAGAACUGAAAGAGACCCUAACAAGUUUGUACCUGUUGAACUUGAGGCGGAUAGAAUGAUGAUUGAUGAAGACGGCAGCCUUCAUUUCCUUUGGACAAAGACAUCCGACUCCUAUUAUUACGGCUGUGAGAUAACAAAUGUAGUCUAUAUUGUGUCAUACGGUAGUAAGAAGGUAGUCGAGCUUAUAGUAAACAAUGAUAUUGGUUAUGAACGAGGACCAGAGUUAAAAUCCUCUUCAAAAGACGUAGUGGUGUAUGCCGGACAUGACGCAGAACUUCAGUGUAUUUUUUCUUACUACUCAACCAAAGAAAAGUUGACGAUACGGUGGUUACAUAAAGGUAAUACAGUGGGAGCCAAUAGUCCAAACAUUACUUUGCACGAUGUGAAGAUACCGACAGACAAACAAGACAUGUCAGGAAAAUACCGUUGUGAAACCACUAUCGGCGGAGAGACAGCUUCAGGGGAAAUAAAUGUAAAAAUUGUUUCUCCGCCGACGUUCUUACCGGGUCAAGAUUUAAAAACAAAGUAUGUAUCAGUGGAGAAAGAUGCUGUAUUUCAUUGCGGAACAACUUCUUACCAGACUUACAGCUACCCAACGGUCUGGCUUGUUAACGGUGAACCAAUUCUAGGUUGCCCGGAACGUAAGUUUGAGUGCAACCAACCAUUGGCAAACACUGAAUAUUCCCAGUGCAUUCCAGAGAACAAUGUCUGUGACGGCGUUGCAGAUUGCACAGAUGGCAGUGAUGAGCUAAACUGUCCCAAUCCCUGUCUGGAGUCUCAGAAGGUAUGUAGAGGUGCUUGCGUACCAAAGACAAGUUCAUGCGAUGAAUUAAUUUGCAAUUACCCAGACUUCUUGUGUCACGACAAGUUGAAGUGUGUUUCCGCCGACAGUCGCUGUAAUAAGAUAGACGAGUGCCCGGAUGAAUCCGACGAAUGGUCUUGUCCUGAUGGAGCAGACACCACAAUUGGCCGAUUUAUUAUCAACUCGCAAAGAUCACAGCUCACCUUGCCUAACUUGUCUCAUGCCGAUACGAUGUGUUUCCAGUGCAUUGCAAGAAAUGAGUACGGAACUACUAUAGGUGAAGGAUGUCUAAAGGCCAUAGACAAAAUAUUAGUUUUGAGAGGACCAAACAGUACCUAUGAUGUGGAACCAGGAUCUCGUAUCGAAAUCAUUAUGGAGGCCACGACAGACGUAGAAUAUCAGGAAUUUAUGAAUUAUACUUGGCAAUGGUAUCAGGAGAAAACAGACGAAACUACAGGAGAAAUUUCUAUUGUACCCCAAACGCUGCCCCCACCAGGAAAGAUGUUUACUAGGUACUUCUCUCUAACCAAAAGCAACAAGCAUAUGGUGAUGACGUUUCCUGAAGUGAAGAAAGGUGACGAGGACGAGGAAAACGAGCUGGAGAUUUACAACACGCUUAUAAACCGAGUUUAUACUGUAAUCAUUCAGCACAAAUAUGAUAAAGUCGAGCUCAACUUUACAGUGAGUGGUAAACAAAUAGAGCCCCCACCAGUUCCCAUUGUUGAGGCUGCGUCGACAAAUCUGUGGUUUAUCGCUCUCAUACUGGGAAUAUUACUCCUGUUUAUCGUGGUGGCUCUGAUCGUCUGCUAUAUGUACCGAAAUAGGGGUGGAACCUAUCCAUCGGGAUGGGAGACCUGGAAUAAGUCUCGUUUCUAA